AUGGUUGGAAGGGGAAAUGCAUAUACAAAUUCUAGGGGUAUGAGUGAUCAGGACAUUUCUAAGUACAAGAAGAACUUGGCCAUUCGCGUGUCGGGUUUUGAUGUUCCAAGACCUGUUAAAACUUUUAAAGACUAUGGUUUCUUUGCGGAGCUAAUGAAAGCUAUAGCAAAACAAGCAUGUGAAAAGCCCACGCUAAUACAGUGCCAAGCUUUACCUAUUGUGCUUUCUGGAAUAGACGUCAUUGGAAUAGCCAAAACUGGUUCAGGAAAGACUGCAUCCUUUGUGCUUCCCAUGAUCGUCCAUAUUAUGGAUCAACCUGAGCUUGAAAAAGAAAAGGGCCCUAUUGGAGUAGUAUGUGCACCUACUAGGGAACUAGCUCAUCAGAUAUAUUUGGAAGCUAAGAAAUUUACAAAGGCACACGGGAUUCGCGUCUCUGCUGUUUAUGGUGGAAUGUCUAAACUCGAUCAGUUCAAGGAGCUGAAGGCAUGA